GAUAAAUAUCCCUAUUAAUACAUUAUCAGUGGGAGCCUUCGAGUUACAAAUUGGUGUAGUUAUAAGCCAGACUGUGCAGAGACACUGACACACUAUGCACCAGAACACAUGCAGUUGUCAUGGUUGGUAAGAACCCUAACCACACAAACCCCAACAACAAUGGAGGACAAGGACAGUCCGUAUUAUUGGUCCUUAGAGUGGUCAGACUUUACUGAUAGAAUAGCGAGAGUCGAAGCCAAGAUCAAGGGCAGGAGAAAACAGAUUACUGGUAAACAAAAUAAAAGGUAAUGAUCACAGAGUUCAGGGAAACCGGAGAACAAGACAAAUUCUUAACUAGAAUACACAGAACAAUACGGAACCACAACAGGUAGGAGGGGUUUAUAUAGAACAAGGUAAAUGCUGAUUGGAUCGCAUCCUCCCCGUGAGCCAGAAAGUACAUGAAUGGCAUUCCACUAAUUUCCCACCAAUAGGGAUGUCCUUACCUUACCCAAUACAACCAAGCAUCCUACUGGUUUCUCCAUCUAAAUGACUAUAAAUCAUGUGGCUCAUCAAACAUGCUCUCCAUUACUCCAGGACUGUACGUUUAAAGGGAGACAUUAUAGAGAAAAAGUUGUUGAGGGUUACUGGCUACUGACAGAGUCUACACUGAUCCCGGGAAACAUCAGAAGAGCUCAGAAAAUGAAAAGCAAAGGUCCAUGAAGCUGGAGAGGGAAUAAGAAGCAUUUCUAACAUGCUGAGUAUUUAUCGAUACAUGGUAAUGCAAACCAGAUACAAACAGAGGAAAUUGAAUCAUGUUGCACCAUUUGUGCAGAGAGAUUGUCCGGCAAAGAUCAUGGUGAGUCUGCGGUGUGCAGCAUGGGAGGAGGUGGGAAAAGUACCUCCUGAAAUCUCUGGAUCUUAUUGAGUCGCUGUUGAUGUGCCCUCUUUAAAAAAACAAACAAAAAAACAACACAGAACGAGAACUGACUUAAUAUAAGGUCAUCAUAAAGGUAGUAACUGCUCUCCAAAAAACAUUGCAGAACUUCUCAAGUUUGUAUAGACCUUCUGUAUGGUCUAAAAAGUUCUAGAGUUCCAAGAAAACUGCUCUGGCAGUAACAAUCUUCUAUUUGGAGGGCAAAAAACACUGGCACCUGUCAAGGGGUGGGAUAUAUUAGGCAGCAAGUGAACAGUCCGUUCUUAAAUUACAUGUGUUGGAAGCAGGAAAAAUGGGAAAGUGAAAAGAUUUGAGUGACUUUGACAAUUGCCAAAUAGUGAUGGCUAGAUUAAUGGGUGAGAGCAUCUCCAAAACAGCAAGUCUUUUAGGGUGUUCCCGGUAUGCAGUGGUUAGUACCUACCAAAAGUGGAGCAAGGAAGGACAACCGGUGAACCAGCGUCAGGGUCACUAGUGCCCUGAGCUCACUGAUGCACGUGGGAAACGAAUGCUAGCUGUCUGGUCCGAUCACACAGAAGAGCGACUGUAGCUCAAAUUGCUGAAAAACUUAAUGCUGAUCAUGAUAGAAAGGUGUCAGAAUACUGGACUUUGGAGCAAUGGAAGAAGGUUGCCUGGUCUGAUGAAUCACAUUGGUUUUCUUUUGGAUCAUGUGGAUGGCCGGGUGUAUGUGCAUAGUUUACCUGGGGAAGAGCUAGCAGCAGGAUGCACUAUGGGAAGAAGACAGGCUGGCCAUCGGAGGCAGUGUUAUGCUCUGGGCUAUGUUCUGCUGACAAAGAGUUUAAGGUGUUGCUUUGACCUCCAAAUUCCCCAGAUCUCAAUCCAUUUGAGCAUCUGUAGGAUGUCCUGAAACAACAAAUCCGAUCCAUGGAGGCCCCACAUAACUUGCAGGACUUAAAGGAUCUGCUGCUAAUGUCUUGGUGCCAGCGCCCAUGCCUCGAAACAUCAGCAACUUUAGAGGCAUGAUCUACACACAAACACUGCUUCAUUAAGCUAAGGUUGUUUUGAUGACGAUAGUGCCCCUUUAAUAUAGAUUUAGUUUUUACUGCCGCUCCCUUUUUUCCAUCUAUUUGAUAAAAUCAACAUUUAGUGUCUUUCACUUAACGAUCAAUAAUUAAUCUUUUCCAUCAAUGAUUGUUUUUCUAAUCCUGAAGCUUACCCCUUGCACUAAUAAUUGGGGCGGUUAUUUGUCCACAUGACGCUUCGGCUAAAAUGGCCUAAAAUCACAAGUCUUGCAUGAGGAAAUGUUACAGGAUACAAUUUUAUUAUCAGUCUUACCGUGGUUAAAAGAGGAUACACGAUAGCAAAGGCCUGAAGUACUGGAUACAUCAACAGCAUGGCUUAAAGGGACACUGUAGGCACCCAGAUCACUUCAGCUCAUUGAAGUGGUCUGGGUGCUUUGUCCUUUUUGCACUUCCAGAGAAUGUUUACAUUGCAGCUCUAAGUCUGCCCUCAGUGGACACCCACUAGAGGACUUCCGGAAUCCAAACUGACUUUUGGUCCGUUAUCUUACGCUGGAUAUCCUCACAGACCUCCAGCGUCAGAUUUUCCCCAUAGGACAGCAUUGAAUAAUGCUUUCCUAUGGGGAGGUCUAAUACGCGCGCGGCCAUUGCCAUGCAUGGGCCAUGCAUGCGCAUUACUUCGCUGACGUCAGCGGGGGAGGAGGGUGGGCGGAGCCUGACCCAGCAUCGAGGAACAUUGCUGCUGGAUUCAGGUAAGUGGCUGAAGGGGGGCACUCCAGGAGCCUAUAGUGCCAGGAAAAUGGGUUUCUUUUCCUGGCACUAUAGGAUCGCUUUAAAGGAACACUGUACCCACUGAAACUACUUCAUCUAAAUUAAGUUGUUAUAGUGCCCCCAGUUGUCCCUCCUUAGUGACACCAUAUUACUUUAUUUUAAUAAUUCGAAGGCAAGGAAGCACAGCUUCUAGCCACUCCUCCAAGCCUCCUGAGUAUUAGUGUCUCAUAACCUAGCAUACCGUGAUGUCAUACACGCAUGCGCAGUGCCGUCACAGUCAGUCAUAGAGAAUGAUGGUAUGCAAAGAUUCUCUAUGGCAGAAUUAUAGAAGUGCAUGCGCCUAUGGCUCCCAAUGACUCUCAAUGAGGAUGACAUCAUAGGAUGACAUAACAGAGGAGGAGGCUACAGCAGAGCCGAGGGAGACUUAACACUGGAGAAAAGAAGAGUAAAAAAUAUUUUUGUUGUUUUCUUUCGUUUUUUUAACAUACGUGGGGGAGGGGACUAAAACGAAAUAGCGACAUUAAGACUAUAGCGUUAGGAAUACAGAUAUUUAUUCCUAACACUGCAGUGUCCCUUUAAAUAGGACAACCUGUAUUCCGAAAUUAAACAUUGAACUUUAUAUGUAUUUUAUAACUCAAUGAUUAUUUCUCAUAUAUUUUAUACAGAUAUCAGAAGACUGAGAAACAGCAUUGUUAUUAUUAUUAUUACCACUCAUAUAGUGCCAACAUAUUCCGCAGCGCUGUACGAUUAUUUAGAGGGGAUAUUUGACAACACGCAAUUGACAUAUAGAGUAUAACAGAGAGAAGAUGUGAAAAAGCCCUUGCUCAAAUAAGCUUACAAUCUGUGAGGACUUGACGUAAUCUUUACUAGUUCAAAAUAUAUGUGUUCUUGGCUUCUGAUUUUCUGAUUUUUGCUUUUUAUUUAAAUGUUGCUGUUCUUGCAGUUCUCUACCUUCUAUACAAAGGGCGUGUGAGAGAUAGUCUUUCCCAAACAAUACAUGCAGAUUCUUGUUCAAAUCCCAAAAUAAAUUAACCCCUUCAGAGUUGUAAAUAUGCUCCACAAAAUGUGAAUCCAAACGGGAUUACUUAUUAAAGAGCGCAUUGCGGAGCGUUGAAGACCAAGUAAUAAAUGUAAUCGCCAAGAGGGGAUUUUAAAGUAUGUUUUGCAGUUGAGUUUUGAUUUCACUGCUAUUCCCUGUUUAGUGAAUAAACCCCCAAUUUAAUCGUACCCAUACAUAGCUCAGUGUGUAUGGAGGUAUGUGUUUCCCCCUCGUUCCUUGCACAAGAAACCUUUCAGGUGGUGGAAUUUGUUUUAUUUAAUAUCCACCCCGCCUGAAAAUUUAUGACAGUAAUCCAGGGAGUUUCUGAAUGUUGCCUGGGGCAGUGCAGCGUCGCAGACCAUCCGGUGUGUGCUGGAUAGUAAUUACUGGCUGCGUUUCACAUCCCCCCUCAUGCUAAACCUGCCAGUCCCACAGCUGUACGAUCAAGACCCAACACAUCUCAGCGGAUCGGCCUCACAUCCUGCGAUUUCCCAGUCGAAGUCAGCUUGAUGUUGCUUUGCCCUGUAAAAGCCAGGGAAGUUUCUGCAUUGCUUGACUACAAGACCCGAGAGGUACCGGGAUUAACGUGCUACAGAGAAGAACCUCAGGGAGGCCCACUCCAAAGCUUAGUGAAGUUUGCACAAGAAGGUAAUUUUUUUUGCACACAUUUAUAUGUGAAUCUGUUCAGCAUGCUUUGCAUCCCCUAAUUGAUUUAACCUUUAUAACAAUGAGAUUGGUGGGGUAACAGUUCCCCAGGCAAGGGUGGACAACCUUCGGCACUCCAGAUGUUUUGGACUACGUCUCCCCUAAUGCCUGAUGCUAAAGCACCCGGGCUGAAAGAGCAUACUGAGAGAUGUAGUCCACAACAUCUGGAGUGCCAAAGAUUGCCUUUCUUAGUACAUCACGUGGUGUCAUGCACAGUUUGCAUAGCUCCAAAAUAAGAAAUAAGAAAAGCACUUAAGAAUCUGGUUCUGCCCAAACCAGUAUAAAUGCAGGAAAUUUUACAAAUAAAUGCCACCAGUUUAGACUCUCUCCAUAAUCUAUAUGCCAGACACGCCUGGUCUGAGAUACCUGGGUUAACAGCUAUACCAUGCCCAUAACCAGGUUAAGCACAUACAAAACCCUACUUGGUACCAGAUAUCUUAAUACCAGCGAGUUUCACAUCACCUAUAACAGGCUGUGAUAAAACAUGUUUCCACAAAUCUGACAUUGAUUUAACUAGACCUAGUCUCUCCUGUAUGUUUUUUACAAUAUAAAAAGUGCAUGUUCACUCAAAUACCCUAAGUGUAACACUUGCUAUGAGGCCAGAGAAUUGCCGUUGGGGUAUCUCUAACCUGUAUGUAACUAUCCUAUGCACUGCAAAAAAAAAAAUAGUAAAUGCCAGGAUUGCCUUUUGAAAGUAGUUUCCCUUUCAUGUAGACCGUUGCUACGAUCGAUGCGUUGUACAGUUUGGGCACCUGAAUAAAGGCACAGGACUUUUGAAAGGACGAUCUGGACAUUGUUUUUACGCGUCCCUGAAUAUACACUGGUUUGCACAGUUUGCAGAGCUGGGUGAUGUCACAGGAGAGAGAUAAAAUGUAGUUAAUUCACCCCAUUUCUAGUUUGUUGCACUGUCGAUGUUUGGAGCGCCCUAGUCCCUUGGCAGCCUGUGUGGUUAGGUAUUGGCAAGACCGGGCACUUUCGGUCUGGGACGGCUGUAGGUCCGUUACACACAGAGAUUUAGGGAGCUCACACCUGGCAGGUGAGCGCAGGAUAUUAAAAGGUUUCAUAUUUAACCCAUUCUGCAUUCCUGGCAUUGUCUCAUCUCAACUUCCAUCGUGGGCAGGAAAUCUGUUCAAAUGGGAUGAGUCUCUACAGACAUGGGGCGAUGGACAAAUAAAACUCCCAGAGAGAAGUAUGUCGUUUAAUAAUUUGCAAACAUGGUAAUACAGGCUGAAAAAUACCCAAUCCAUCAGUUUCACCCCUUCUCAUGUCUUAUUACUACUGCUAUCCAAAAUAAGGCAAAACUCCACUCUGAAGGGAAUUCAUAUUUUGCCAAAAUUGGGAAACAAAUUCCUUUGAUUGCUCCUGGGAUGAACCAACUGUUACCCCACAUAUUAACUAUUAUAUCCUUAAAUAUUCUGUUACCAAACAAGCAAUCCUUACAGAACCGGAUUUAAAAAAAUUCCACAUCUUUAUAGCCCAUUGUAAGGAAGGACCCAUUUUCUCUGUAGAACCAAUAAGACUCCCAAUCACUGUAAAUGGACGGAGUGCCAUGUCUGCUCUUAUUGCUGUUUAGAUUUCCCAUUUGUGUCCUAUACGGAUAGGCCGUGGUAUGUACGCGGUCAGUGUUGGCAUAGAGUAGUAGUUAUGGUGCCAGGUCUCAUUAAUAUGCUGUAUUUUUUCACACACACACAAUAAAAUAUCAAAAUGUUUUGCAGAAUUGUGGAGGACUGACAAGAGGAUGGCAAAGUUAUUCAAUAUUGUCGAUUUGGGAAAAAAUACUCAGUUAUUUUUCCAGAUAAAAAAAUAUGGGAUUGGCAUUUAAAAUAACUUUAUUAAUCCUUCUCAAUUACAAGUUUGGAGGACAAAACCCAAUAUCAGUGGAUCUAACUGCUGGAUUUUGGAAAUUUAGCAAAUAACUCUCCAGAUGAUUAGGCUGCAUUUCUGUGUUAUCCCAUUAUUAGAGUUACGUAGGAGGAUUUUAUUUCAGCUCUUACUAUGUAGAGGGAGACCAGAAAAUGUUUCUAGUAGAGGCUGGCUGAGGGUGAUAAGAUUUGCAUUGCCAGUUGUCUGAUCCAGAUGUUCUUUGUUUAUCAUUGUGUUGUUUUAACUCUAGUGGGAGCUUUUGCUGUUUGGUAAACCCAAAAUCUCUCCCGGAUCCACGAUGAGGUUCCUCAUGAGCGUGUCGCUCUGGGUUGGCAUCAUGCUCUAUGUGGGCCCUGCUGGCUCCUUCCCCUUCCUUCUCACCCAGCUGAGCACACGUAAGAGCAGCUGCAAGGCCAUCCCCAGCAGUAUGACCCUGUGCCACGCGGUUGGCUACAGCGAAAUGCGUCUACCCAACCUACUGGGUCACGACACCAUGAAAGAGGCGCUGCAGCAGGCUGGCUCCUGGGUGCCGCUUCUCACCAAGCAGUGUCACACCGACACCAAGAAGUUCCUGUGCUCCCUGUUUGCUCCCGUCUGUCUGAGUGAGCUGGAGGAGGCCGUGUAUCCCUGCCGAUCCCUCUGUGAAGAAGUUCGAGAUGGAUGCACCCCCGUCAUGGCUGCAUUUGGCUUUCCCUGGCCCGAGAUGUUUAACUGCACACAGUUCCCUCCAGGGAAUGAGCUCUGUGUGCCCCCUGCUGGCACAGAUGAUAAAUCCCAUGUGACAAAGGAAGGUAAAUAUAGAUCAGUAUCUUCCAAUGUUUUAAACAGAACGGUAAACACUCAGAUAAUUACAAGAUGAUUUAUAAGUGGUGCUAGAUGCACCAUCACCACUUCAGAUCAAUGUUUUAUUAGAAAUAUGUUCAGUUUCACUUUUCUAUAAUUUAUAUUGCAGUUUUUUCACUGAUGGUGGUUGUUGUUUGCGGCUUGUUUUUUUUAAUAUAGUUGUGGUGUCACUGAACGAGCAUUAUUGCACAUAGUAUCAGAAUGGAUUGACCUUGGUCACUACGACCUCUCGGACAAACCUUACAUACACAGAAACCCGGGUAGUUUGGCUCUUUAUGGUGGAUGUGCAUCGAACGUGUGUAUUCUAAAAAUUAUUUCCUCUGACCCCAGAACUCCCGUGUGCCGCCUGCCACAGCCUUGGAGACACCGAAAAGGAAUUCCUGCAAGACUUCUGCUCCAAGGAUUUUGGUGAGUGGGUACAUGUCACAGAUCAAUGUGGGGCUGAGGAGUGUUCUGUCUACAUUUCCCCAAAUAGAAAUAAGAUAUAGACUCUGUAACGGCUACCCAGCUGGUAAGGGCUAUCUGCCGUUGGAGACGUCUUUUUCUGAGCAAGCUGCUGUGAAGUAAUGGAGUUCUUAUUCCCAUCCACGGUAUCCAAGAGUACAAUCAGGCAUCGCUGUCAAAUGAGGCAGAGUAACUGUACAAUAAAUCCCCUCCAAGAACGAGAUGAGGCUACGUUUUGAAGGGUCAAGUAGAACUGAUGUUUAUUGACAGGGGUCUCCUUUUAUGCAAUGGUGCCCUGAAAAAGGCUUCACCCACAUAAUUAAUAUCACAACCAAUCAUACAUAUGGUACAACCCCCACGUCUCCUCCCCUCAGAUAAACAUGCAACACAAUUAAAACAUACACAAUUUUACUCAAGUUCUGGCUGUAUCCCCAAAACAGGGGAACAACAUAUCCAAAUUCCAGCUCAUUCGGUUGAGGGGUUCGGGAGUUAUGGGUCUUUGAAGUUUUGACCGACCGCACAGAUUUUCUAGCCGAAAAGUUUUGGCCCUGCGGUCGGUCUCUGUUCGUGCAGUAAAACCCCACGGACCCCUUGCCAUCCAUAGUCAUCCUGGUGUUCGCUGGAAUCCCCAUGUAAACUUAAGCAUAACUACCGAACGGCCGGUUUUUCGGUAGUUCCAGCACAAAGUUAUGGGCUCAUGGAGGUCUCAGCGGUGUUCGCCUGUUUGCGUAUCCGUUUUUAGUUCCAUGCGUUCACAGGCAAACACCUCUGUUCGUGCGUAAGAUGGCCGCGAACACGUGUAAAGUCCCGAAAUGGCGGCCAUCUAUUCAGAUCACAAAGGAUUCGUGUGAAACCAUACGAACGGCUCCAAAAGCGCUGGGAGGUAAAAUACCACUUAACUGCUCCCCUGGGUGGUCCGAUGUUCGGUAGUUUGGGCUGCAUUCACCGGUAAUGGUAUUUCCCAUGAAAUAGGUAUUCGGUCUUUAAUAAAUCCAACUGUGUUAUGUUAAAUAAGUCCAGGCACAAAGCAUAGUUCUGUUACAGACUCAAAAGCAAAUAAUCCCCUUGACUUGCGCCACUUAAGAUUCCUCACCAAAAUUCAGUGGAAGUAUCACCUGACGGAGCAGAGCUGGGAUUCAUCAGGGGGGCCUGUGAUAGUCCUUAUAUAAGCCUCCAAUUCUUGUAGCAGAGGUGGAGAGCGUCAAAAACUGCACAGGAGGGCUCCAUAUAGCUCCUAUAUCGUAUCCCCAUGUACUUUCACUAGUACACCAUUAAUCCCCCUCAUUCUCAACACAUUGGAAUGGCUGUGAAACAUAAUGUGGGCCAGGAGAUGCCCAAUACCAUAACUUUCUAAUGUACUUUAAAAAUAAAAGAAGUGAGGAAGCUCAAGUUUUGGUUUCUUAACCCCUUAAGAACACAUGACAUGUCUGACAUGUCAUGAUUCCCGUUUAUUCCAGAAGUUUGGUCCUUAAGGUGUUAAACCCUCUGCCCUAUCCACUCAUACAAUGAGAUACGUUCUUCGUCUUUCUGUUUUACAUAAGUUUGGCUAAUAAAAUAACAUUAACAUCAACUAUAAUCCAGAGGUUCCCUGCUAUCUACUGAUUCCCUUGAAAACUGAAAAAUAAAAACUAUUUAACUUCCCUAAAAAGAAUCAUCUUUUGUGGCUAAAAUUGUUUCAGAUUGGCACUGGUUUCCGAGUGGGAUCAUUAUACCUGUACUUAGAUUCAUUAUAACUGUAGGAGAAACUCUUCUGAUUGUAAAGGAGAGCGAGUCUACCGACUCUCUGAAACAUUGACUACAACAGCAAAAAUAGGCAAAUUAAAUUCAGGUUGGAUAUAUUAUUAUCACUAGCUGCUCUUGUCACCUGUGUCUUAUAUUUAUUCUGCUCUGUAUUUUCCAGCUUUGAAGAUGAAUAUUCGCUCAGUAACUACCUUGGAGGGAGAUGUUAUGGUGAUCCCAGAAGUUAAGAGCAGGACAACUUACAAGGCAAAAGGAUGGUCUGAUGAAGAAAUGAAGAAGACUGUUCUUUGGUUGACUGAUGGGGACAGCUGUAUCUGCCAAGAUAUCCAGGAGCCAGGGGUCACUGUGCUGGUUUUAGGACACAGGAUAGAUGAUAGACUGGUCAUCUCCUGGGUCAGGAAGUGGCAGAAAAACGAGAAGGAAACAAAGAAGUUUUCAAGGACUGUACGAAAGCUACAGUGCUAGAAAUAGGGAAUGAGGAGGUCCUUCGAUGGGAUGUGUGUCGCACAUCUUGAUACAUUUCUGAGAAUACAUUAUAAACAAAAGCCCAACUCAUGCCUACAGCCCACUCACUAGCUAAACUGAAGUGCUGUCGUCAUAAAGGUGAAAAUUGGAACUAACACAUUAACCAACUAGGCCUCUCCUUGUCCUGACCGCUUGGAUUACUCUUAACCUUGCCCAUAAGACUUGUUGAUGAACUUAUCGUGGCCAUUAAUUAGUUUGAGUCCUAACAGAAGAAUUUCUGGAUGUACAAGUAAUAUCACGAUAAGAAAACAGCCCAUAACAUUAAAAAUUAUCGCUCUGUGAUUUCUUCCUGAAAAUAUUAAUACAUAGGUCUAUAAACGAGGUGGUUCCCUACCUAGAAGUCUCUUCAGUGCUGAGGAUCAUGAUUGCAGCAGACUUUCGUAUCAUUUACGAUUUCCCUUCUCUGCAAUUGUUGACCAGGGAAGUUCCCCGUUAUGUUUUAUUACGCAUCAUUUUUGUACUCACCCUACAGGAUAUUACACAUAGAUGCAUGUCCUACUCAGCCUUUUGCAUGGUCUCUAUACUUCACUUAUGCCCCAGACAGAAUUAUUAUAAUAAAAAAAAAAAAAAUAGAAUCAAACCACCCAGGUGCAGCAUACAGCAAAUACAAAAAAAAGGAAAAAUUACCUUUCCAGAAUUAUUAUAAUGUUCCUUUUGUGAGGUAGUUGGGGCGACCUGUGACAGCUGUACCAAUGGAUGUCUGGGAUUAAAGCUUGUACUUUGUUUAAAAUACCCAGCCAUCUAACCAACAGUUUUUCCAUAAUGUUUAGAAACUUAUCCUGAGCUGGGUGUAUAGAUAUUUCACCUGGCGAUAUCGAAAUUGGAGGGAAGCUGAUUUCUUCUCAACAAAGCAAAUAAACGACAUCAUAAAACUCUGAAUGUAGAUUUAAUUUCGUGCACCAUUUAUCACCAUUACGGAGGGAGCAGCUAAUAGAGAUCAAUGAAUCACUGAUGGUAAUCAAACAGCUCUGACCAGAAACGAAGCAGAAUUUCCCUAAAUAAUUACCUUUAUCCUAAAAUUAUCCUACACCAAGCAUGUCAGACUCAAAGGCGAAUUCGGGCCAAAUAAAUAAGGUUGAAGUUUAUGUGGGCUGCAAAAAAAGAGUUCGACCUAGAGAAACGCAAACUAAAAUGACUUGUAUCGUACUCAUGCAAACAAUAUGUAAUCCUGGGUACAUAUAUAUCUAAUUCACUCACUGCAAACAGCAGUCUCAGCCAGGUAGGUAGCCGCACUGUCCAAUCUCCUGGCUGCACACUCCACUCCGCUUGCUUCUACCCCCAUCCAUGUCCCUUCUUCCCACCCUUCAAUCCAUGUCUCUGUUCUCCUUCAUGUCUUUCUCCCUCCUUUCAUCCAUGUCUUGUUCAGUCCAUGUCUCUCCCCCACCUCCCUUCCAUGUCUCUCCCCCAUGUCUGUAUCCCCUCUUCCAUUCAUGUCUCCUCUCCCAACCCAUUCUAUCCAAGUCUCUCUCCCCCAUUCAUAUCUCCCUCCCACACCCUUCAAUUCACACCUCCCCCCAUCCCAUUCAUAUCUCUCUACCCCUCUUCCAUCCCUAUUCCCCCCCCUCCCCCAUGUCUCCUUUCCUUCCCCUUCUAUUCAUACCUCCCUCCUUCUGCUCUGGCAGACAGCUGUUUCUCUGACAGAGCCGGCACGCGGGGUGAUGGUAGUACCGGGUUUGCUCUGCCCUAUAGAUAGGUCCCCCUGCCUGCUGUUUCUCUCCUGACAUAGCAGGGGAGGGGGACCUCUCACUCUCCGGCGGCACGCGGUGUCACACUGAGUGCCAGGUAGCCACAUAACACAUACUGUGCGUGUGGUUCUCUUAUAGAGCCACACACUAACUAGGGCAGGCCGAGAUGGGCGCAAAACUCACAUAUCAAUCUGACAAGUGAUUUUUGCACCACCCUGAUUGGCUGGGCCACAAAGAAAUUCAUUUUGGGACACAUGUUGGCUGCGAGUUUGACAUGCUUGUCCUACACUGUCCCAGGGGCCGGAUGGUCAUAGUUUGUAUUUUGUGACUACAUGAAUGUUAAGAAUAAAUAACUGGUGCAGGAAUCAGGAAAUGGGAAGUGGUUAGAAUAGGAGAACAGAGUAACAAUCGUACAAAUCUGUAAAUAAAAUAUGUUUUCAAAAACCAGAUCAUUUCAGUUUUUCCUUCUAUCAGAAUAUGUAGAUCUUUUGUAGAAAGUUCAGGGAAAUCCCAUUAUUGUUCUUACAACAAAAUGCAACUUAAUGUUGAAUUGGAAUAAAAUCGUUGAACUCUG